AUGCCAAUACGAAUUACUCGCCAACAUCAGGAUGUAGACAAGUCCACAAGAUUAUUGACAAUGGAUGAUCCUGUGUACUUGCCUCUCCUUCGGAAACGACCUUCAUUGCGUGCCCAUCCUUGUGGGGAUCUAAUGGUACUGCUUGACCAUCACGCCUGUUCGCUUCAGAUACACUUGCAUAUGGGAUACCUGUCAGGUGCGACAUCGUGGGAAAGCAUGAUCGAAAAAGGCGGCGCUUUGGGAGAGCUGAUUCAAUGGACUGAUCUGCUUGCCGGACUUUACAUUCUUGGUCAUAAUAUUACUAUGAGUAUGGAGGAGAGUAAAGCACUUCGAACAUUCACUGAGGCCGCGUGCUUGGUGGGCUGCACUUUGUUUGAGUUCCGUUUGCUCCACACUCGGACUUUUCACUCACGUUUGAGUACAGCGUUUCAAACUUUGCACCUAUCUAUUUAUCCGUUUCCCAAUUUUUGUUUAGCUCAUACACCUGAUAACACGUUUCUCGGAUUUGUGGUCGAAACCGGUAAGGCUAAACGACAAGAGGCACAAUGGACCACGCGGGACCAUCGGAAACCUAUUGCUUUGGUCAGUGGGAAACUCAGAUACAUGUGGGAGGACACUGAAGUCUACUUACGCGUACUAGCCGAGUACGUGGAGUUACACAGUAAUAUUGCAGACAUCGAUCAGGAUAGCAUCUAUGGGUUUAUACACAACCAUCAUAUUACUCCGGGCGAAGCCUACUUUAAACUGUUGGAUUCAGCUCAGGUGAGUCGGGGAGUAGAUCAGUGUUCAUUGACCGGUCCAUUGACAAGUCAGAAUCCUUACAUGGAGCACUAUAUGGGAGAACCGUACACUUAUCUGAUCGAUAAAAAUAACGAAACCGAUAUACGCGUUACUAUGGAACGAGUGCUACGCAGCCUGCCUACAAAACCCUACCGUCGGUUGGAGUUCAGUCCAUCAGGCUACCUGGAACGUUUGAAUGUUCUUCUAACUUCGCAAUCAUUUUGUGCACAGUUUUCUCAGUUCCAUCGAGUCCAUCCAGGGCGUGUGAGUGAUCAUCUCUACGAAGAAUCCUCACCGUCGGAAGACGGUAGAGUAAUACCUGCUGUUGGACUUCCAGGUCAAUCGUGUUUUGAGGUCUGCAAGUCUCGUGCGAGCCAAUCGCAGUUUUCCACUGCACCGGUUGCCAUACCAACCAACUGGAAUUUCCUGCUUCAUUUUGAUUAUUUAAAACAAAGAUAUGAGACAGCCGGACUUGAAGCGCAGCUCCAGGGUACAACGCAUUUGCACUGCGCACCCCAAUACUUCCCCCUGAUCAACAAAGUCCAAUUCAUAAAUCGCAAUUUGGGCACCAAUUGCUCAAAGGUCGAGUAUACGCGAAGUGAAUACGCUCCAUAUUGGGAUCAUGCACGUGAAGUAUGUGUAUUCCAGCAGGAUCCACUCAAAUGGGACAGUUCGUCCUACGAACCGGUUCCUACAAGUAUCUCGAGAAUUUGCCCGUGCAGAGACGCCCUUCCCGGACAAGUUUUCCUUUGCUCAGAAUGUGUCUGA